UCAAUUGUCCUUAAAAAAAAAAAAAAAAACAGGACGAAAAAGAAUGACCUAUCUCCCUUCCACUACAAUUAUUCUGUUCGGGCACAUACAUUGAAUCUUUACUCUUGCAAGGACCAAAAUCGUUUUUAAUUGCUCGCUUUAAAAAAGGACCAAAUUAAUUUGAACGCGCCUGCAUUUUUACCUUUUAUUUUCUUCUUUUUAAAUAAUUCAUCAUAAAAUAAUGUGAAAUUCAAUAAACUUUUCGUUUUAAAAUCUUUUCAAUAAGUUCUUUUUUUCGUUACAUCUUUGUGUUGUGCGACCGUGUGUGUGCAGGGAAGCUGUGUACGGAAAUUUUUGUGUGAACCAUUUUAUUAAUAUGAUGAUAUGGGAUUAAAAGAAUAGAAAAAAAACUAAAAAUGUUUCCUUUCUUCCCCGGUAUACAUUAUAUAAUUGUUACGUAGUUUUUAAUUAAAUAUACCCUAUACGGCUGUUGGUACCUAUCUUUAAGAUAAGGGCUCAUUGAAAUUUUUCUUUUUCUUCACCCUUUAACGAGUCUUUUAACAUCUCCGAUUGAUUUUUUUUUCUCUCCCCUAAUAAAUGCGAGUCGGAUAUCCUGUUUUCAUUUUUUUGUAAUUUUCGAAAAGAAAAAGUGUAUGUAAUUCAUUUUGUGUGCAUAAAAUUAAGAUUGUUUAUGGGAAAAUUAAAUGAGAUAUCCUUUAGAAAAUGAGAAAAGUACAUACCUACAUAAUCAACAAACAUAUGUAGGUCUACAACACAAAUUUGUAUCUGUGGUAAAAAAGCGCAUCCUCUACUAUACUCAACUUAGCUUUCGUCCUUUAUCCAUUGCCUGCCAAAAGUGUGUAAGUGCGAGUGUUUUUUUUGUUCGUGAGUACAAUCGUAAAAUUGGAUUUUUUGACAGCUGUCAAAAAAGAUCUGAUUUUUGAAGAAUAGGGGGACCUACCUAUGCAAAGACUCUAUUGAUACAUAUACAUAGAUAUACCUACUUAAAUGUCAUUUAUUUAUCUCUCGUGGAUGAGCUAAAGUUUUAAUGUAGGCAACCAUCAGGACGAAAAGAUUCGGCACCAUAAAAUAUAUUUUAACCAUAAAGUUUUUUUUUUUUCAUAAAAUCCCAGGAUACAGUUUAUGAAAAUGUACAAAGAAUAUAACAUUUUAACGAGAAAAUUUAUGAGCUUCCAAUAUAAGUGAUUGGGCAAGUUGUAUGAAAUCAUAAAUUUGAAAAGUUUUUUUCUUUAUUCCGUUGGAAUGGGAUAAGCUAAGGAAUUGUUGUGAUGUGUUGAAGAAAAAAAAAGCCAAAGGAUUACGAACGAAAAUGAGUAUUACUAUGAGAAGACUUGUUCUUUCCGCCAAGGACCUCAAUAUACCAAGUAGGAUGAAAAAAUCUUCCAAUAAUAUAAUUACAACAGCUUGUUAUAAUCAAAUGUUGAAUUAGUUAGGCAACUAAAAAAUAUACAUAAUACAAGUGUUUAACUAUCAAAGUUGUGAAAAAAAAAAUGCAUUUCAAUUACUUAAACAUACAAAAAUAUUGAAAUCUAACACUUUCAGUGUUGUGACGAUCAAAAUCCUUAUCCUUCUAUUCGAGGAAAUCGUUUGGCCUCCUAGUGACCAUAAUAGUGUAGAUAGCGGUAGUCUUUUAUUGUAAUUUGAUAGUUCAAACAUAUUAAUAUUAUAACGAAGGAUGUAAAAAUGUCAACAUGUUCAAUAAGAAUAUAUUCGUGUUCGAUAAAUGUGCUUGAGAAAAGUUAGCAAAAAUUUAUUUGAUUAUACUCAGUGUCCAGCGCCGCCUGGUGUGCUAAUUAUACACACAACGUGGAAUACAAAGAUAAAAAAGUGUGUGUGUAUGUGUGUAAAUUGGCGCGUAGCAUAAGUUCUAGUAUGAAGCUGGCCUAAAUGAAGAAUGAAGAAACAAAAUGUUCGCACGAUAUCAUUGAUCGUGUGCACAUUUACUUAUCUAUUGGUUGGUGCCGCAGUUUUUGAUGCACUCGAAUCGGAAACAGAGAAAAAACGUUGGGAAGCACUCCAAGCCGUUGAAGAUAUGAUUAUACGAAAAUAUAAUGUAUCACAAGAAGACUUCAAGGUAAUGGAAACUGUUGUCUUAAAAUCAGAGCCACACAAAGCCGGCCAACAAUGGAAAUUUACGGGAGCAUUUUAUUAUGCUACCACCGUUCUAACCACGAUCGGCUAUGGACAUUCAACACCAAGCACAAUUGGCGGUAAACUCUUUACAAUGUGCUAUGCGAUUGUUGGCAUUCCAUUGGGUCUUGUAAUGUUCCAAAGUAUUGGAGAAAGAGUGAAUAGACUGAGCAGCUUUGUUAUACAAUCAGUGAGGAUAUCACUUCGCUGUAAACGAACUGCUGCUUCCGAAGUAGAUUUAAUUUGUGUUGUUACAACUUUAAGCUCUCUAACGAUAGCCGGUGGUGCUGCGGCCUUCUCGAAAUUUGAGGGCUGGAGCUAUUUUGAUUCAGUAUAUUACUGUUUUAUUACUCUAACUACUAUAGGUUUUGGGGACAUGGUAGCUUUGCAAAAGGAUAAUGCCCUCAAUAAAAAACCCGAAUAUGUAAUGUUCGCAUUAAUAUUCAUUUUGUUUGGAUUGGCAAUUGUGGCCGCUUCACUGAAUCUCUUAGUUCUCAGAUUUGUAACAAUGAAUACAGAGGACGAGCGAAGGGAUGAGGCUCAAGCAAUGCAGGCUCUUCAAGUUGCUGUGCGUUUAGAUGGCGAUGUUAUAACAGCAAAUGGUUCCAUAUUAAGUGGCUAUACGGGUCAUGAGUUGCAGUCUAUAAAUGCUGACGAUGCAUCGAUAUGUUCGUGUGCCUGUUUUAGGGCAAGUCGACAUAAAAAAAACUCGAAUGAAUUUCAAUCUCAAAUAAAUUCAAUUGAAGGCAAUAUGCACCAAUAUAAAGUUCGUAGAUCACCAUCACACAUAAGACAUUUGCUGCCCGAGGUAGUUCCAAUGAAAGAUUUGACAUUUGAUACGCAUAGUACGAGUGGCAGUGCCAUGCAGUCAAGACCUCAAUCACAUCUUUUAAAAAGAAAUGUAUCGCUUUUAUCCUUUCGAAUCUAAUUAGAUAUUUAAGAAUAGAAUAAUGAAAAAAAAAAAAAAAUACAAGAAAACCAAACACACAAAAUAAUUU